AUCAAACGCUAAUUACCUAUCGGCUCUAUACCAUCCACUAUCCACCACUUCCACUUUCAUCUCUUUCCCACGACCGCCAAAACUUCCUCAAAACCCUACUCUACCCAAAAGCAUCCAACUUCUCUUCAAAUAACCAAAAAUGGGGAAACCCAAAUCAAAACGCCGUCAACUAGGCAAAGAAAGACGGCAACAAGAAACAGAAGAAAUCAAAUUCCUUCAAAGUUGGAUUGAAUUUGGAAAACCCGCAUCGGGUUCGAACCCAUUAUCACUCCCACCAUUGCCUGGCGACUCUCCGCUGGGCAAAUUGAGUGAUGACACUUUCUCUAGAUAUAGUGGGUGUGAUUUAUUUAAGCAAAUGCCUUUAUCAAAGAAGACUAAAGAUGGAUUAAGAGAUUCUAAGUUUACUAAAAUGACUGACAUUCAAAGAGCUUCUUUGCCUCAUUCUCUUUGUGGGCGUGAUAUUCUUGGUGCCGCACAAACUGGGUCCGGAAAGACUUUGGCUUUUGUUAUACCUGUGUUGGAGAAGCUAUACAAAGAAAGAUGGAGUCCAGAGGAUGGUGUGGGCUGCAUCAUUAUAUCUCCUACAAGGGAAUUGGCAAGUCAACUUUUUGGUGUUCUGAACUCAGUUGGGAGGCACCAUGGAUUCAGUGCUGGUUUGCUUAUUGGUGGUCGUAAAGGUGUUGAUACAGAGAAGGAACGUGUGAAUGAGUUGAAUAUUUUAGUUUGUACUCCUGGGAGGCUUCUUCAGCAUAUGGAUGAGACACCAAAUUUUGAGUGUUCUCAGCUUCAGAUUUUAGUUCUUGAUGAGGCAGAUCGGAUACUUGAUACUGGUUUCAAAAAAGAUAUGAAUGCAAUCAUAUCUCAGCUACCUAAGAAAAGACAAACCUUACUCUUUUCUGCGACACAAACAAAAUCAGUUCAGGACCUAGCAAGGCUCAGCUUGAAAGACCCAGAGUAUCUCAGUGUUCAUGAGGAAGCCACUACUGCUACUCCUAAACACUUGCAGCAGACUGCUACUGUGGUCCCUCUACAUCUGAAGCUAGAUUUUUUAUGGAGUUUCAUAAAAGCACAUUUAAACUCAAGAAUUCUAGUGUUCCUUACUAGUCGCAAACAGGUCAAGUUUGUUUUUGAGGCCUUCAAGAAACUGCGUCCAGGUAUUCCCUUGAAGUGUUUACAUGGGAAAAUGAAUCAGGAAAGAAGACUAGGAACGUAUUCCCAGUUUAGUGAAAAACGUGCUGUUUUAUUUUCAACCGAUGUGAGUUCAAGAGGUCUCGAUUUUGACAAAUCAGUUGACUGGGUCGUUCAGAUGGAUUGUCCGUCAGAUGUUGCUACUUACAUACAUAGAGUUGGUCGCACUGCUCGAUAUAAUGCUGGUGGGAGAGCUGUAUUAUUUGUGGAGCCAUCAGAAAUAAAAAUGAUUGACAAACUAAAAGAAGCAAAAAUUCCUAUAAUUGCAAAAUUGGCAAAUAAAGAGAGAUUGCAGCCUGUCUCUUCUCUGCUAGCAGCUUUAUUAGUGAAGUAUCCUGACAUGCAAAAUUUGGCUCAAAGAGCAUUCAUCACAUAUCUGAAGUCUGUCUGCAAAGAAAAGGAUAAAGAAGUUUUUGAUGUGAUGAAACUUGGCAUUGAUGAUUUCUCAGCAUCACUGGGUUUACCAUUGACGCCAAAAAUCCGUUUCCUGAAUCAGAAAAAUGUAGGGAAAACUCUAUCAAAACCAGGUUCAACUGUGGCUUUAGACAAGUCUGCUACAGAAAAUUUGCUGGAACCCCUGGACAUAAGACAUAGCGAAGCUGAUGAAGAAGAAUCUGAUGAAGAUGAGUCGGAUAACGAUCUUUUAAAGGAAGAGAGUUUGUCUAAAUUGAAGCCAGCAAUAACUGAAAUUGAAUCUGUUGUGCCGGCUACCAGAGUUUUAAAGAAAAAGAAGCUGAAAAUUAAUAUUCACAGACCAGUAGGCACAAGGGUUGUCUUUGACGAAGAGGGCAAAGCUCUUCCGCCUCUUGCCACUAUAGCUGAUACAAAUGGAAUAAAUAACACAUCUGCUGUUGACAUAGAUAAAGUGCAAGAACGAUAUCAGAAGGUGAGGGACUUAUUGAAACAAGAGGAUAAAGUGGACAAGAUCCAUGCACGUAUGCUCCGCAAAGAGAAAAGAUUGAAGCAAAAAUUGAAGUGGAAGAGAGAGAGGUCGGAAGAAGACGAUGAAGACGUCACUGAGUCAGAUGAAGAGGCCACUGCAGACCGACCAAGCAAAAAAUCAAAAAUUUAUUUUGAUAAUGACAGUGAUGAUGACGUGGAGACAAAAGACAAGAAAAUAAUGGAUAUCAACACUAGUAAGAUCUCUUUGGCAGAACAAGAAGAACUGGCUCUCAAGUUGCUUGGCUCAAUGCACUCCUAAGUUUCUACAUGUUCGUUACACAAUCAUCAGUUGUUAUGGAGGUCGUUUCGAGGAUUUGUGCUGUGGUUUGAUAUCAUUUCUUGUGCCUGGCAGUGGCACGCAUCCACCAUCUUGGAUAAAAUUUCGACAAAGAAAUUUUUUUAUGAAAAAUGAUAGAGUUUUCAUUUAAUUCUUAUAUGGAUACAAGUAGAUAGAUGGGUUAUAUUGUUCUGUUUAGUGUUUCUACCCCAUUUUUGGUAGAUUAUGCUGUAAAUGCAAUUUUGAGUUGCGACAAAGGAUGUUUUGGAAUUGUGUUUGCAGGAUGUGUUCUCAUUAGGCUUUCAUGUAGUAUUUUAGCACUUAUUAAUUAAGAUUUGUUGGGGCUGUAUUUUCUUCACUAUAUUUGAGAUAUUUCAUUUUUGUAAAAUGACCAUAUUUUAUUAUAUCAAUUGUUUCUCUAAAUAUAUCCA